UAUUGAAUAAAUGACUUUGCUAUUAAAAUAUUGGUUUUAUUUGUAUUUGAAUGCGUAAAGAUUACAGUGCUAAUAUUUGUCCAAGUGGUACAACGCGUGGCCGCGUUGUUACUUUUACGUAUCAAUUCAGUUAUUAAUAUAAGUCAAGAAAUACAGUUCGUUUUUCAAUAACGUUUUAAAAUGAAGAUCUAUGUUUUAUUUUAUGCCUUUGUGAUCGUACAAGUAUCAGGGUCAUUCUACGAUGAGCUCCAGGGCGCGAUGCAUUCAGUCCAACAUGGAUUUGGGAAAUUACUAAGCGAUGUCGUUAUUGAUGUCACAGACACAGUGCACUGUACUAUUGCUGCAGUUGAACAUGUGUUAACUCUAAAUGGAUUAAUGAAAAGUAAAUCCUCUUACGGUCAUAAGUGCAGAAGCGGACCACUUCUAUCAAUAGAAAGAUAUAACAACGAUCCUUUAGAACAUUUUCUCAAAAGUAGAGAUGCUAUCGAAGGCAAACGAUUCGGGCAUGAAAUACAUAAAUCGAUAUCCAAUAUUAACACAACGCUAACGAGGGUACUAGACCAUCACAGUGGUCGACGGAAAAUUGAUUCAAUCUCAAAAGUUCUUAAGCAUGAAACAGAACAAUUGACGAAAGUUAGUAAUAUGUUACGAAAUGAAUUGCACAGCAUAUCACAAAAUGUUAAUUCGGAAUUGGAAAAGUUUGAUACUGAUAUAACACCAUCCGUUUGGUCCGAACUAGAAGAAGAAAGAAAUUUAGAAAAUCAGAUAGAUAAUUCAAGACCGGCUAGGAAACAUGAAGGAAAUUCUCUUUCUGAUCCAUCAAACCAACCUAACUCCUACACUGAUGCGAAACGUGAAUUUGAUCAUAUGAGAGAUGCUGUGGGACAAAGCAGUCCACCCGAAGACUUACCCAAGACAUUUAGGGAUGUAGCGGAAAGAGAAAAGAAUAAAUUAAAUCAUAAUAACGAUGACAAUCGUGAUUCAAAGUCAAUAUUCGACGUUGAUAAAAGUGCAUUUGAUAAAUUUUCGCCAUUCUAUGAUCCCGAAUCUAAAAACCAAGAAGACCAUCAGCGAAUUAUAGAAGAUGCACUUAGUGUUAUCCGAGACAGCCACCGUACAGACCAACUCAUGGAUGAUCUGAACAAAUCAAAAGUUGGUGCCGAUGUUUUUGCUGCGGGUAAAAAUGUCUUUAACUUCUGAGGAGAGUGUUUUGGGAUUAAUGAUAUAGUUACUGAGGUAAUCGAUAAGACAUUAUUUCUAUAUAAUAACGUUUUUAUUAACAAUAUAAAUUGGGUACAUUACAAAUUGUCUACAAUGAACUACACUACCACUGGCAGUCCAACGUGCAUCGAUAAUAUUACUCCUUGUUGCUUGUAAAAUAAAUAAUGUAUCACUUUACAUUAAAACAAUAAUUAUUUAUUUAUUUAAUUAUAUAGGACUAACUGUCGUAGACAAAGACGUUCAUUAAGUGUCUAAUGGUAAUUCAAUUCCUAAUAACAAGGUACAAAAUAUCUGCGAUUAAGUUAAUAGGACUUUUUGUAGUUGAACUCCACCGUUCUUGAUAAAUAUAAUGAUUAAUUUGCCAUUAGAGAUGACGAACGACUAUGAAUAUGAUUGCUAGGUAUAUAUCUAUUCCAU